CAGGGGAGUUUUGUUGAAGUUGCAAAGUCCUACAGCCUCCAGAGGGCUGUCGGCGCAGUAGCAGACAGCAGCAGACUCCGCGCACUCCAGAGCCCAAGGCAAGGCAGCGCAAGGCAGCGCGCGCCAGCGGCAGUCCCGGAGCCCAACCGAGACCACAGCCCUCCCCAGGCGGCCGCGCCAUGGAACACCAGCUCCUGUGCUGCGAAGUGGAGACCAUCCGCCGCGCGUACCCAGACACCAACCUCCUCAACGACCGAGUACUGCGAGCCAUGCUCAAGACGGAGGAGACCUGCGCGCCCUCGGUGUCUUACUUCAAGUGCGUGCAGAGGGAGAUUGUGCCGUCCAUGCGGAAAAUCGUGGCCACCUGGAUGCUGGAGGUCUGCGAGGAGCAGAAGUGCGAAGAGGAGGUCUUCCCGUUGGCCAUGAACUACCUGGACCGCUUCCUGUCGCUGGAGCCCCUGAAGAAGAGCCGCCUGCAGCUGCUGGGUGCCACCUGCAUGUUCGUGGCUUCCAAGAUGAAGGAGACCAUUCCUCUGACUGCGGAGAAGUUGUGCAUCUACACUGACAACUCUAUCCAGCCGGAGGAGCUGCUGCAAAUGGAACUGCUUCUAGUGAACAAGCUCAAAUGGAACCUGGCCGCCAUGACCCCCCACGAUUUCAUCGAACAUUUCCUCUCCAAAAUGCCAGAGGCAGAUGAAAACAAGCAGAUCAUCCGCAAGCACGCACAGACCUUUGUGGCCCUCUGUGCCACAGAUGUGAAGUUCAUUUCCAACCCGCCCUCCAUGGUAGCUGCUGGGAGCGUGGUAGCUGCAAUGCAAGGCCUGCACCUGGGCAGCCCCAACAACUUCCUCUCCUGCUACCGCACAACGCACUUUCUUUCCAGAGUAAUCAAGUGUGACCCGGUCAAGGCCCUGGCCACCAGCCUCUGGCUAAACAAGGGCCCCCUCCAUCUCCGCCCGCCUCUCCAGGACUGCCUCCGCGCCUGCCAGGAACAGAUUGAAGCUCUUCUGGAGUCUAGCCUGCGCCAGGCCCAGCAGAGCACCGACCCCAAGGUCACCGAGGAGGAGGCUGAUCUGGCCUGCACACCCACCGACGUGCGAGACGUGGACAUCUGAGGGCCACCACACAGGUGGCUGCCACCAAGGAGCUACCCCGGGUGCUCCUGACUAGGUCCCUCUUGGGGACAUUUUGUUACCAGAAGGGGAAGUUUUGUUCUCUUUGUUGGUUGUUUUUCUUUAAUCUUUCUCCUUUCUGACUUAAGUGAAAGAAGAAAAAAAAAAAAAAAUACCUGAAAGCAAGAGAGAGAGAGAGAGGAUUUGCAUCGCCCUGAGUGUAGGGAGGAGGGGGGUGCUAUAAAUAGGAUUCUGUACCCCAGUAAUCAACUAGUUUUCUAUUAAUGUGCUUGUCUGUUCUAAGAAUAGGAUUAACACACAGGAAGUCUCCAGAAGGAUUUUGAUUAUUUUAUGUGUUUAAGAAAAAAAAAAGAGCUUGAGAAAUAUUGCUUUAAAAAAGAUGGAAAAGAAUACAGCAAACCGUUGUUAAAGUAGAUGAGAAUUAUUAGGUAGAGAAAUGUACUCUGCUUUGCUGAAAAGGCACAGCUUUGGCACAGGCCUCAGCCUCACUCCCCUGCUCGCUCAGUGCAGUCACCUCAGUUACCCGAAACGUGCUUUAUCCCAGGGGUGGGCGGACCUCUUCACCAUAUUGAUGGUCGGUGCGACCUCUAGCGGUCUCAUAGCGUGUGGCACCUCCAAGGCUCAUCUUAUGUGCCCUCUGCCCUCUCCAACCUGCAGGUUCACAGAGCGCCAGCAACACAGCCGUAGUACCCCACUCUACGUAGUGUGCUCCAGUAGAGAGGGGAUAAGAUAGUGACAUAAUAUAUUCUAUUUUUGUAAUCUUCCUGUUUUGUAGUUCCUGUUUAAAGAGAUGCUGGUUUUUGCCUGACUGCCCUGCAGCCCACUCACAUCAGGUUAAACCCACAGCUUUUCUUUCAUGUGUGUGGUUUGUUCUGUUUUGUUGUGUUUCCCUUCUCCGUGUUCCAGAACCAUUCCAUUUCAAAGCACUUUUGGUCAGCUAGCUGGAGGCAGUGUGGCUGGUGUGUGUGUGUGUGUGUGUGUGUG